ACGUAGAUCAGAAAUGAUCAACUUUGUGGGCUGUUAUUUAACAAAUAAUGUGAUGAAAGUGAUUUUCAUUGGUUUGUUUAUAUUUCUUGUAGUUUCAUAUUUGUAUUGUCGAUUUUCUCGAAGAGGUCGGCUGUUUGCUAAAAUUCCUGGACCUCCCCGAUGGCCACUUAUCGGGAAUGUGCACAAUUUUAAUUUGCCACGAGAUAAGUUGUUUGAAUAUUUAAGAACUUUAAAUAAAACGUACGGCGAUGUAAUCGCAUCUGGUACUUUGGAUGUGACAGCUAUUCAUAUUUAUAAUCCUAACGACAUUGAGACUGUUAUUACAAAAUGUACCAAAAAAUAUAAGCCGUACACAUUUUUACGGCGGUGGCUCGGCGACGGAUUACUUAUUAGCAAUGGUAGUAAAUGGCAAGAUCGGAGAAAAUUGCUGACUCACGCCUUUCAUUUCGACGUCCUGAGGAAAUAUGCCCGAACCUUCGCUGAUGAGGCUGAAGUAUUCAUGGAAGCGGUUGAGAAGGAAGCUGCUAGGGACCAGGCUGACGUUAAUCGACUAAUUAAUAAAACCAUACUUCGAAUUAUAUGUAAGACAAUUAUGGGAACUUCGAUGAAAGAAGACAUAGAUUCGCUAACAACAAAAUAUCUAGAAGCGAUACACAAAAUCGCAGCACUCUUGUUUCCAAGAAUGUUAAAUAUUCUACUUUAUUUAGACAUUACGUUCCAAAUUUCAAAAAACGGCUGGAACGAACGAGUCGUAAUAAAAGAAUUGCACCAAAUCACAAAAAGUAUAAUCAAAGAACGAAAAACUGACUUACAUACUAAUAUUCACAUCCAAAGUGAAGCUGAGAAAAGAUUUAAUAAAAAGGGUCGCCUAGCAAUGUUGGACUUGUUAAUUGAAAACGAAAAGGAAGGAAAAAUUGACGACAACGGCAUUAGAGAGGAAGUGGACACAUUUAUGUUCAGGGGAUUUGAUACAACGUCUGUGACUAUGGCCUACUUGAUGAUGUUAAUAGCGAAUAAUCCAGAAAUUCAGAAUAAACUUUAUGACGAAAUGAAAAGUAUUUUCGGUGAUUCCCGUCGUCCGGCAACAAUCGACGACCUAAAAGAGAUGAAAUAUUUAGAUUGUUGUAUCAAAGAAACGUUACGGCUGUACCCAUCUGUGCCGUAUAUUUUUAGAAGUAUCACUGAAGAGAUAGUAUUAGGGGGUUACGUUAUACCAGCGGGGACAAUGUGCCAAAUUCAUAUAUACGAUUUACAUCGGCGACCGGAUCUGUAUCCGGAGCCUGAACGCUUCAUUCCUGAGAGGUUUCUGCCAGAAAACUGCAUCGAUCGACAUCUCUUCGCCUACCUACCCUUUAGCGCCGGCUCUAGAAACUGUAUCGGUCAAAAGUUCGCAAUGUUGCAGAUGAAAACAUUGACGUCAAGUUUAAUAAGAAAAUACCGUUUGGAGGCGGUCACAAAAUCUACCGAUUUAAAUUUCUAUGUGGAUUUCGUACUCCGAGCUAAACUUCCCAUUUAUGUAAGAUAUUGUCCAAGAGAAGUUUGAUGUUAAAAAUUCGAGGUACAAUUGUUGUGUUUUAUUGGUAAUUUUUAAGGUUUAUUUUACGGUUGGGAUUAUCAUAAUUAUUGAAUACCUUUUUUUUACACGCAAAUAUUUUCAUACAAAUCCAUGUAAUUUAUAAUUAUAGCAACGAAACAUUAAUUUUAUAGUUGUACAAGUUGGAGUAAUUUUUAAUAAUAACUUUAAAUUAAAUGAUGUGAUUUGAUGUAAGUAAUUUAAAUUAUAUUAAUAAAGAAGAAAAAUAUUCUCGUAUGGAAAUACAUACAUACUUGCAACUUUCAAUAUACAUUAAAAUUUUUAUUUCUCCUAACCUAAUGUAUGUUUCUAACCAAACAAAGUACUUACCUACUCGGUCUCCGUGGAAAUCGUGAGUGUAUUGACUAUGAAACGAAGUAUAUUUUACAAUUUAUAUAACAAAAUAUAGCAAACAGAGAAAUAUUACAAAAGUACGUACAUACGGUUUAUCGCUUAAAUAGUGAUCUCUAGCGACAACCUUUAGGUAGAGGACUUGAAGUAUAAUAAAGCGGUAAGGAGCAGUACAAAAGACUAAAUAAAUAAAUUAAAAUAAAUAUAACAUAUAUUUUAUCUUAAUAUAUAUUUACUGUAGUGGCUUUUGUUUGUUACAUCUGUACUUGGUAACGUCAUAAACUAUGUCAUAGCACUGAUUAAAAAAUUAUAACCUACUGAAAAAAAAAUAUUGACAAAUUUCAUUAAUUUCUACUUUCAGUCGUGUGUGUGUGUGAUUUAUUAAUAUUUACUUUUUAAUCUUUUGAUAUUUUAAGCUUUAGGCUGUUACACAUUAGGCUGUCAGUUUAAAAAAGUUGGCAAAAUUUGUAAUGAUCAGACUAUCAUGAAAAGCGUUAACAAAAACGUAAUAAAAUAAAACAGCCUGUAUAUAAAUGUAAAUCUAUUAAUAU